GAACUAGGAGUGUUGGUGGCGUUGUUGCCUUUUGCCCUUUUCUAAUAAUGUAGUUGUAAAGUUGUAAUUGCAAAAAUGGCUGCUGAUGCUGAAAGAUUUUGAUGAGUUUUUUCAAAUGACAAGUGGUAUUUAUUUGUGGUCAAUACAUUUUCCAACAAAGAUUUCACAAAUGAAUUGGUCGAAUGAGUGAAAAUAAUACAACAACCAUGCCGGAUGUGGCUGGUGAACGGAGGCUUCGUCAAUUAGAGGCUAUGUUUCUUGGUGGGCCUGUGGUUGCCAAGGGUCAAAGUUUUAGUAUCGAAACUUUGUUGGACAUUCUUGUUGUUUUGUAUGAUGAAUGCUGUAAUUCUAGUUUACGUAAGGAGAAAACUGUUUCAAAUUUCAUUGAAUUUGUUAAACCAAUUGCUACAUCAGUGAAAAGUUUACGACUCUCAAGGGAUGACUUUGAAAUCAUAAAAGUAAUAGGAAGAGGGGCAUUUGGUGAAGUAUGUGUAGUGAAAUUCAAAGGGUCUGAGAAAGUUUUUGCAAUGAAAAUACUCAAUAAAUGGGAAAUGUUGAAGAGGGCUGAAACUGCUUGCUUCAAAGAAGAAAGGGAUGUUCUAGUUUACGGUGAUAGAAGGUGGAUAACUCAUCUUCAUUAUGCGUUUCAGGAUGAAACAAAUUUGUAUUUAGUGAUGGAUUAUUAUUGCGGUGGUGAUCUACUGACAUUGUUGAGUAAAUUUGAAGAUCGUCUACCAGAAGACAUGGCUAGAUUUUACAUUGCAGAAAUGGUUUUAGCCGUAGAUUCUAUACACAAUUUGAAAUAUGUACAUAGGGAUAUAAAACCAGACAAUGUUUUACUAGAUGCUAACGGACACAUAAGAUUAGCAGAUUUUGGAAGUUGUUUGAAAUUGAACGAUGAUGGGACAGUACAGUCAAAUGUUGCUGUUGGCACUCCAGAUUAUAUUUCUCCAGAGAUUUUACGUGCAAUGGAAGAUGGACAAGGAAGAUAUGGUCCUGAAUGUGAUUGGUGGUCAUUGGGUGUCUGUAUGUAUGAGAUGUUGUUUGGCGAAACUCCAUUCUAUGCAGAGAGUUUAGUGGAAACUUAUGGCAAAAUUAUGAAUCAUAAGAAUUGCUUCGAUUUUCCAGCCGAUAUCGAAGUUAGUGAUGAGGCUAAAGAUCUAAUAAAAAAAUUAAUAUGCAGUCAAGAAUUCAGAUUGGGACAAAACGGUAUUCAGGAUUUUGUAAAUCAUCCAUGGUUUUUUGGUGUUGAUUGGAAUGGUGUGCGAGAUAGCAAUGCUCCCUAUAUACCCGAAGUUUCAAGUCCAACUGACACAUCGAAUUUUGAUGUUGAUGACAAUGAUGUCAGAUUAUCUGAUGCAAUGCCUCCGACUGCUAACAAUGCCUUUACUGGACUGCAUUUACCUUUUGUUGGAUUUACAUUCACUCAAGAAUGUUGUAUAUCAGAUCUUGGUAGCCUUACUGAUGCGAAUAAGAGCAUCAUCGAUAGAGAGAAUAAACAUAAUAAUGAAAUAAUAUCAAACAAUCAAAGUAAAGAAGUUGAGAAAAAGAUGUCUUCCCCAGAUGGUACUAGGAAAUUACAGGAUGAAAUAAAUAUGCUCACCAAAAGAAAUUGUGAAUUGGAAUCUCAGUUGAAAAAUUUUGAGAGUAAUACCACUAAAGAAUUGCUCUUGGAUAAUAUAGAUGGUUCUGAAAGUGCCAAACUGAAAGAAAUGGAAAAACUACUGAGGAUAUCAAGACAAGAAAAAGAAGAGGUUCAAAAGGAAAAAUUUGACUUGGUAGAAAAACUUAAAUUUCAAGAUAAAGAGUUGAAAGAUAGCUUAUCUCAGAAAAAAGUAGCCCUGGCUGAGUAUGCAGAAGUAUCGGAUAAACUUUCUGAACUUCGUCAGCAGAAACAAAAGUUGUCUAGACAAGUGCGAGAUAAGGAAGAGGAAUUGGAAACUGUGAUGCAAAAAGUAGAUUCCCUCAGAAAUGACAUUCGUAGAGCUGAAAAAUUGCGUCGAGAAUUGGAAUCCAGAGUCGAUGAAGCCUUGGCUGAAGCAACAAAAGAAAGAAAACUUAGAGAACGAUCUGAAGAAUAUUGUAGGCAAAUGCAAGCUGAAUCUGAUAGAUUGCGGGUUAAAAAUGAAAUAUGUCCUAGGGAUCAAGACAAUCUAAGAUUCAAAGCAGAAUUGGAAAAAUUAGAGUUGCAGUACAAUGAGAGGCUCAAUCAACAACAAUCUCGAUACAACUUAGAAUUAUCGUCAUUGAGAGAACAAUUACAGGAGGCCGAAAACCAAAGGGACUUAAUUGAGAGAGAGCUUACAGAAUCUAUGAAUAGAUUGCAAUCCGAACGAGCUAAUCUAGAAGUGGAAUAUGAACAAUUACGAAACAAACAGGAAUCUUUAGGCCAGUGGGAAUGUCAACUAACGGAAAUAAUUCAAUGGGUUAGCGACGAGAAGGAUGCUCGGGCUUAUCUCCAGGCGUUAGCUACGAAAAUGACUGAAGAGUUGGAUUACCUUAAACAUGCUGGUGUGUCAAAUGCAGUUACUGGUGGAGAUAAGAACUGGAGAAACAGACGAUCACAGAAGUUGGAUAAAAUGGAGUUGCUAAACUUGCAGAGUUCACUACAGUCUGAAAUCCAAGCGAAACAGGCAAUCAGUGAAGACCUUAGCAAAACUAGAGAAGCAUUACAUGCAUCUCAGAAGGAGCUGAGAGAAUACAGACAAAGAAACGAUGCGUUAGUUCUAGAUGUAAAAAGGAAAGAAAAACAAAUAAAGGAUCUCCAAAGCAGACUUGAUUCCGAAGGAUCAAGUGUGGGAAUUUCAUCAGUGAGCACACGUCAAACAAAGGUAUCUGAAAGGCCGGCCUCCCAGAUGUCUUACUUGGACCAGUUUUUAAAGGAAAAUAGUUCGUCACGAGCUCAGAAUCAGCAGAACUACGAUAAUGUUCCGUCGCUACUAUACCAAGGAGGGUCUAUAGAAUCGGAGGAAGGUGACAUCGAAGAUAAUAGAGCGUUGAGCUUAAAUAGUUCAAAAAGUAAUCUUUCUGAAGUCAGUGUGCAUGAAAAUCAAUCUCCCAUGAAACAUAAGGCUCAUCAAUUUCUGGUUAGAACAUUUUCCAGCCCAACCAAAUGCAGUCAUUGCACCUCUUUGAUGGUUGGUUUGAUGAGACAAGGAAUGGUAUGUGAAAUAUGUGGUUUCACUUGCCAUACUUCAUGCUGCGCUCAUGUACCAGCUGUUUGUCCUGUUCCUUCCGAUCAAACAAAGAGACCACUAGGAAUUGAUCCAACAAGAGGAAUUGGUACGGCCUAUGAGGGCUAUGUGAAAGUUCCAAAACAAGGAGGGGUAAAAAAAGGCUGGGUACGUCAAUUCGUCGUUGUUUGUGAUUUCAAGUUGUUUCUUUACGACAUAUCGGCCGAUCGUAAUGCCUUACCAAGUGUUCAUGUUGCUCAAGUAUUAAAUAUGAGAGACCCCCAAUUUAGUGUUAGUGGUGUGAAAGAUUCGGAUGUGAUUCAUGCCAAUAAAAAAGACAUACCAUGUAUAUUUAAGGUGACUACCUCUCUUAUGGAGCCUCCAGGACCAAGGAAUGCUACGUUGAUGUUGGCUGAUUCAGAGGCUGAAAAAAGCAAAUGGGUGGUUGCCCUUUCUGAACUGCACCGCAUCAUGAAACGAAAUAGCCUUCCCAAUACGACCGUAUUUUUAGCUAGGGAACUUAUUGAUAAUACUCAAACAAUUCUUAGAAAUGUUCUCAGUGCCAGCAUUAUAGAUCCUGAUCGUUUAGUUUUAGGAACAGAAGAUGGAAUGUUUUGUCUUGAUUUGGACAGGACCGAAAUAGCCCGAGUUGGGGAAGCGAAAAAAAUAUUUCAACUAGAAUAUAUUAGUGAAGAGCAUUUGUUGGUUGUAGUUAGUGGUAAACAACGUUAUGUCCGAUUGGUGCCUAUACGCGCUCUUGAUGGUGACGAAACUGAGUGGAUUAAAGUAGCAGAAAGUAAAGGCUGUUCAGUUUUAACAGUUGGGCCCAUCUUGAGAGCUCCACUGACAUUUUGUUUAUGUGUAGCAGUUAGAAAGCAACAAAAUGCAUCCUCCAUUUUGAUAUAUGAAAUAACAAGAACACGAUUGAGACAUCAAAGACUACGGGAAGUAGUUUUACCAGUUGCUAUUCAGUCUUUACAGUUGUUAUCUGACUGUCGUUUAUGUGUUGGAUCUCCUUCUUGUUUCACUGUUUAUAACUUACAAGGAGAACCACAGCUAGUAUCUCUAUUACAUCAAGAUAAUCCACUGUACAGCACCUUAUUCUGUAGUCCUGUUGAGGCUCUGAGGGUCAUCGAACUUCCUCGACAUGAAUACCUUCUUGUUUUUGGAACUUUGGCUGCCUAUGUUGACAGACACGGUAGAAAAUCCAGGGAAAUUGAAAUAAUGUAUCCUGCAGUCCCGACUGCCAUAAGUUACAGGGAUGGCCAUUUAUUGGUCUAUAGUGAAACACACAUUGACGUGUUCAAUUGCGCUACCGGAGAUUGGAUCCAGACAGUCAAUAUUAAGAGAGCUAAACCAUUGAAUGACAGCGGUAGUUUAUCUUUAUGUAUAUUGAAUGAUUCGCCCCAUCUCUUAUAUCUCUCGAACAUACAUCAAAAGGAACUUAUUAAUUUAGAUAAUAUAGUUACUCUUGAUAGAGAAGGUAGAACUGUUCAAAGACCAAGAAGGAGAUUUUCGUUGAGGGAAGGGAAUAAAUCUCAAAGAAUGAGUACAGAUCGCAGAUCUAAGAUGAUCUCAGCCCCUACCAAUUUCAAUCACAUCAGUCACAUGGGACCAGGGGAAGGAAUCCAACGUCAGAGAUUAAUAGAUCUUGCUACUAAUCUCGUAGAUAAUUCUGAACCUCUCCAGCAUAUAAACAUCACGCAACCCAAACAACCAAUCAAAAUGGCCCCAUUACCUCCGAAGAAUUCUGCCGAGAGAAAACGACCGGAAAUAUCUUAUCCGACGCCGAUAAGACCAUCAUUUCCUGCAUAUAAUGGCGCAAAAAGAUCUGCACCUCCCAGACCACGUGAUUUGCCACCCGCUCUUCCAAGGCCUUCAGAUACUUCACCAUCUCCAGACCCCACGAGUAUAGGAAGCAUGUCUUCUUUACACGAAAUAAUCAAGGGCGCUGAAAAAAGCAGUCCGAGGCAUUCGAUAGCAAGCAAUAACAGUUCCAAUUUGUCUACCCCGCCUUCUCCUCAACCAGAUCAUCACAAUAGUUCGAGUUACGAUAGUUGAACUUUUCCAGGUUUGCCAACCCUAUUUAUUUUCAUUUCAUAUUUGAAAACAAUAUUCUUUAUUCAAAAUAUUCAAGUAGACUUACAUGUAAAGUGUUUAAUCUCCUCAUAGGAAACCCCUUUCAAUUUUUUCUGCAUUAUAUAUUUCAGAUGAUUAUUAUUUCCUUCGCAUUAACAAAUUGAACACUUUAUGUAUGUAGACUGAUUAGUUACCUCAUUUAUAAGCUUUCACAGUUAACGAUAUUUAUAUUGAAGUUUAUAAUAUAUUUUGCGGAAUCACUCAAUUUGUUUUUGAGUUGAUUUUUUUCUUCAUCUUCAUUUUGAUCAUAAUUUCUAAUUAAACCCUAGUCAUAAUAUCAUUAAUCUGAUGAAUUAUUGUUUAUUGCCGAAAAACGUUUCAAUGUACCUUUUCAUGGAAUUAUAAAAGUGCAAACAUUAAUUUGGGUGAAUAGUUUAGGCAUUGUACUUAUUUCUUGUAAAAAUGAAUGUUUUUAUUUGUUUAUAUUGUUUAUUUGAUUAGUUUUAUACAUUUUCAAAGAGUGUCAAUUAAUAAUAAUAAUAAACUUUGAUUUUUAGGUCUGACAAUCUCCUUAUUUAUUCAAAGAGCCAAAAUGUAUAACUUUCUAUAAUUGUAUUUAUUCAUUCAAUAAUAUUAUUUAUAUCAUUUUCCUUGAAAGCAUUUAUGUAAUAUUGUGAUUAUUGCAAGUGCAUUGAAUUGCCUUUGUAGACGUAUAUUUUGCCAUGGCACAGAAAUAUAUUUAUUUGAUUGAUGAAAUUCUCAAAUGAAUAUUGAUAAUAUGAAAUUGUAAUGAAUUAUCUUCAUAUGGAAUUUUAUUUCACAGUAUUGAAAUUUA